AUGGUUGAGAACCGAGGGCCAGAGCUACAGGCGGUAUGUUCGACGAUGGUGUCGCUGUCGUUCAUUUCAGUGGUGCUUCGAGUCUACGUUCGAACUCGUAUCGUGAAGGCUUUUGGGUGGGAUGACUUCUUUAUGGUGUGGGCUCUUCUCUUUCAUAUAAUGUUCGCAACUUGUGCAAUCGGUGGCAUCCACUAUGGCACUGGUCGGCAUAUGAAAGACCUGAGCGAUGAAGGGGUCUUGAAGGCUAUGCGAUACUGGUGGUAUUGCUACAUUGCCUAUUGCUGGGCCAUGAUCGCGGUCAAAACCUCUAUCGGACUGUUCUUGCUACGCGUUACGAUCAAACCUAUCCACCGAUGGAUCAUCUAUAUCGUCAUGGGCCUCACCGUUUUGACCGGACUGGUCUUCUUUUUCGUCACUCUCCUCCAGUGCGCGCCGCUCUCCUACUUCUGGGACAAGAAGUCACAAACGGGAUGGUGCGUCGAUGCCGACGUAAUCAUCGCCCUCACAUUUCUUUAUAGCGCCGUUUCCGUUAUUUGCGACUUCACAUUCGCUCUCCUACCCAUCUUCCUUGUAUGGAACCUGAACAUGUCUGUCAAGACAAGGGUCCUGCUGAUUCCCAUUCUGGGAAUGGCUUGCGUAGCAAGUGUUGCAGUCCUGUGUCGCAUGGCAUACGUUAUGGAUUUCAAGAACCCCGACUUCCUAUGGGCCACCCUCGAUAUCGCUAUCUGGAGUGACGUCGAACAAGGUCUCGCGAUCACCGCCGGUAGUCUCGCAACACUCCGCCCACUAUACCGAAAGAUUGCGGCACACCUCGGCAUCAACACAACAGGUCAGGGCGAGAGUGGCAAGAACACACCACAAUGGUACGGUGGACGAUCCACAGCCAAAGAGUCGAAAAGGAAGAGUUUGUUCAACUUUGGCAUCUUGAUGCGGACCGAGAAGGGCACAGUGAGGGAUAAGGAGGAAAACUACGGUAUGGGAAACCUGCAGCCCAUACGCCUGAGGGACGACCUUGUUGACGACAGUCAAGUCGAGAAAAGCGAGAAGGGUUUCAGUACGUGGACAGUGUCAGCCGGCGGUAAGAGCUUCGACGAGGAGCAUGCCGUGCCCGCUGUACCGUCAGGGCAUAUCACGAUGCAAAAGGACGUGGUCCAGGAGUCAGAAAGGCGAUCUUUCUGAUCACCAGAAAUCAUAAGGACCAUCGAAAGAGAUGAGAACACAGUACACUGAGACACAGUACGCCAAACAGCGUUGGAAC